AUGCGGUUCAUGAACUUGCCAGCCUUGUUACAAUGCAUUCGCUGCGGAGGCCUGGCGAUUGUGGAUGCGACCCGCUCCGGGAAACUCUGGCCGGAUGCGUUACGCUGCACCUUGCCAUUGUGGUGUGCAGUAAUGAACGCUUUGUGGUGGUGGCCCGUUUUCCACAGCUCGGUCGACGAUGUCCCGGAUCCUGCACAGCUCUCGUGUGUUGCAGCAUUCUGGCUACGCCUUUGUUGCAACUGGGGCAUCGACAAGGACGAAAUGACACAGUUGGGGCAAGCGGCCGCCGCUGCACUGGGCGCAUUGAUAUCCUGCAAACCUUUUAUGGACUGGUUUGAAGAAAUGAUCCGCCAGCGCAGUGACUGGGGUGUACUUUGGCCAAUGGUCGCAUUUCGAGGCGACCAAAAACUCGCUGAAAGGUUUCAGGGAACGUCCGCAUGUCGCGUUUGUUCGGGACAGUCGUCGAGCGAUACCGGGGACUGGCUCUCGCUCAGCUGCUCAGUACGCGAGGCCUUGGCGGUGCUGCAGCAGGUCGGAAUGCGUCUGCAGUACACCGGGGGCAAGCAGUCGUCUCUGCAUGUGAUACCUGUGGUUGGGAUUUCCGCAUCUGAUGCUCGCCAGGAGGGCAACCCGAUCCUCAGUUGUCGUUACCGCUAUGUCGCUGGUGCCGGAGACGACGAGGAGUCCUGGAGCGAGGGCCUCGAGCCGACGCUCUGGUGGCAAUACCAGUCGCGUAUUCGGGAUGUGCUCGCACAGGGUGAAGCACUUUCGUCCGUCCUGCCUGAUCAGUCGGCUGAAAACAGGCACAUUUGUGGGAUAGAUCACGGAAGCUGCAGAGUAGAGAUCCUUGCAAGCAUUUGGAAGCAGGAGCGUGUACAUGUUUUUCUGGGACGUUGCGCCUGUUCCAGGGCUAACCCAACAUCUGGAGACCACUGUGGACUCCAGUCGGAGAAUUCCUUGCACGCUCGCCGGGUUUUCUGGCUGGAUGCGCUCCCUUGCAAGCGCUCUUCGCGUGCAGCAGCAAUGCUAGAGUCCAGUUUACGGAGUGCAAGCGUCGCAAUACAGCAGACGCGCUCAAACGAAGACCUAAGCCCGACGCGUAGCCCGUCUACGCAACCUUUGCAUUGCACGCCGCACGAACUCGAGAGAGAGCAAUCGACAAAAGCUUGGAAGCAGCCGGAAGCCGCGGGAGCGCGCUCCGCGCCUCGCGCCUAUGCACACCAUGGGGAUAACUCCGCCCAACAGUGUGCUCGCUCGGCAUCGUAUGCUCCAUGCAAACAUUUGCUGAAUUCAGGACAGCCUGCAGCGAGUAACGGUCAGCAGCGAUGCGAGGAUUGCCUAGCGGUAAGCAACGGCAAGCUGUCUCGUGCAGAGGCGAGCGCUGCCGCCCUUCUCGAUACGCUGUUGCCCCAGAUACGCCAGUGUAUACAGGAAGAGGAUCGAUCGGUGGUGCUAGCCUCCACAGCGGGGGACGGCCUGGCGCUCGCAGCCGCCCUUGUCUGGCUGGCCACCAGUGGUCUGCAGCAGCCAGAGACGGGGCUGUGUCGUCUUCAAGAGACUCUCCUGCUCCUACAGUGUCGAUAUCCUUCAGCGGAAGUGUCUCAAGCGGUCAUGAAGCUGGUUCGCGCACACCUGCGACGUUAUGCGAGGUAG